CCAAUCCAUUGUUCCGUACACGCAUUAUUUUAUUGAUUUCCCUAACCCCCAACUGAACUCGCUCGCUCGCUCACAUCAUCAGCAACAUUCAAUUAAGAUCGAUCAAUAUCAAGUUAUUUGCUUUUCCUUCUUGGGGUGUUGUGGCCACCAUGUCAAACUUCACACUCGAGUCCUUUACGGUCGAAACCAACGAUGGAGUGAAGCUCCGUACAAGGGUCUUCAAGCCAGGAGGUGAUGUUAAAGAUGACAACUUGGCGAUCGUUCUGGUUCACCCAUACUCCAUUUUGGGUGGUUCACAGGGUCUCCUUAAAGGAAUUGCUUCUGGGUUGGCUCUGAAUGGUUAUACAGCUGUCACUUUUGACAUGAGAGGCGUUGGCAGGUCCUCUGGGAGGCCUUCUCUCACUGGCUUUGCUGAAGUUAAGGAUGUCGUUGCUGUCUGCAAAUGGGUCUCUCAAAGUCUCUCUCUUCAUAGGGUUUUGUUGGUUGGUUCUUCCGCAGGUGCACCUAUAGCAGGGUCUGCUGUUGAUCAGAUCGAACAAGUCAUUGGCUAUGUAAGCAUAGGUUAUCCAUUUGGCAUGACUGCCUCAAUCCUUUUUGGACGACACAACAAAGCCAUCUUACAGUCCCCAAAACCAAAACUCUUCAUCAUGGGAACACAAGAUGGAUUCACCAGCGUAAAGCAGCUGAAAAAUAAGCUUAAUUCUGCGGCUGGACGUGUUGAAACGCAUCUAAUUGAUGGGAUAGGCCACUUCCAAAUGGAGGGGCCUGGUUAUGAUGCUCAGAUGGUGGAUCUCAUCGUUAAAUUUAUUGCAUCAUUGUAAAGACAAAUAACUGAUUGCUGAGUGUGGAUUGCCUCUUCUAUUGGGAUUAGUUUGUGUACAUAAUCUGACUUGUUGAAUCUGCAGAUUAGACUGUUGAUUUGUGUCCUCUAUGUCACCUUCAUGAAAGAAAUCAGUUAC